AUGCUUACACAUUCCAGUGUGCCAUCCAGUUCAGAACCGCCAUCCGAGACCGCGGGAGCGACGGUAUCCGCACAGCCUGGAAGCGCCCAAUCAGAUGGAACAAGACUGUCUGAAGCUCCACACGAGUUCGGUUCUAAAGUGAUGAGCGACCAUAAACCACAGUAUCGACAAGUUUUACAGCCUGUACCGAUGUAUGUGCUGGACAGGUUGAGCAAACCGCAUUUUAAGGAUGGAGAGCAAGCUGAGAGCAACGAAGAUCCGUUCGUGGAAAGCAUGAAGGGAGACUGGAGACAAUUAUUAAGCACCAUCAACGAGAGGCAGGCAUACUCGGGAGACUUGGUGACACAUGAAGACACUUUCCCGUAUGAAAUACCGAAUUUGGAAGAGAAAUGGGGUGGGGACAGACGGUUGAUGCGGGCUUUAAAUAGUGAUGUGGAGUCGGAAUACGGAGAAGAGGAAGAGAAUUCCAAGCGGAAAAGAGGCUAUGUGUUCACAAGAAUAUUUGAUCUUCGUUCAAAAGCGCGAUACUGGAUGUCGCCAGAGAAGCGGAAAGAUUGGAAGCCAGCGCUGUUCCAAAUACUGUUGACGAACUCGUUUGUGCCGUUGUUGCUACGGCAGUUCACAUUUGCCCUAUCGGUCAUUGCACUGGGUUUGGCUGGAAGAAUUGAAUAUUCCACCCGGAACUUUGAUGUUCCGCAGCAACCCAGUUCUAUUAUGGUGCUGUGCGUCCAAUCAUGUGCAAUUAUCUACCUGUGCUACAUCUCAUAUGACGAGUUCACCAGUCAGCCUCUGGGACUGAGAGACCCCACCGCGAAAAUCAGACUCAUUCUGCUGGACCUCCUGUUUAUCAUAUUUUCCUCUGCGAAUCUGGCAUUGGCGUUCAACACACUUUACGACAACAGAUGGGUGUGUGAAGUAGGCACCGCAGCAUCAACCGAAACCACUUCAAUGUCUGUUUGCGACAGACAAAGGACUUUGGCGGCGUUUCUAUUCAUCAUACUUUGCAUGUGGGUGCUUGUUUUUACUGUGAGCAUCUUCCGUGUGGUUCAAAUCUUUUCGAAAAAUCACGUCAGGCCCGGCAGGUUGAAGUGA